GGCACGUAUAACUGAGAGAAACAGCGCUAGCGGGCAGAGAGAGAUCAGUUGAAGCCAGCGCGCUCGCCUGACAACAUGGCAUGGGCGGUGUUUCUCCUGGUCGGCUCCGUUCUCGGUGUUACGUGUGCCGUCACAGCGCAACAGACGAACGUUACAGGUGACAUCGGUUCCAGAACUAUUGUUGUCGGCUCCAUAGAGCAUCCCGGCUUCCUGUAUAAGAGAGACGAUGGCACGUACGAGGGUUUUCACAAGGACCUCCUGACGGAGCUGUCGGGCAUCCUCGGGUAUGACUUCAUUAUCAAGGAGCCGGACGACAUGAGGUACGGUUACCUGCAGGACGAUGGGACCUGGGCCGGCAUGGUCGGCGAGCUCAUCAGAGGGGACAUGGACAUGGCUCUGGGGUUGACCAUCACCUCCGUGAGGGAAGCAGACAUCGACUUCAGUACCGUCGUGUUGGACGAACGUCUGGAGAUAUUGGUCAAGAAGCCUUUAGCUGGAAUACAGAUCGCAGGCAGGGAAUGGUGGAGAGCCGUCAUGACUAUCCCUGUAUGGUUUAUGGUCAUGGCGUCGUUUCUCCUGAGCGGCAUCGUCCUGUUCGUCAUCAUUCGGGUCAGUCCGUACGAGAAUCGGGCGUACUCGGCAGAGGUCGGCGAGGCGAGCCGAAUAUCGACCUUCGGGCACAGCCUGUGGAUCUGCUUCAGCGCGAUGAGCUGGCAGGGGGUGGACUACUCGCCACGCUCCAUCUCCGGACGAUUUCUCUUCGUCUUCUGGUUCGGCUUCGUCGUCUGGACGCUCAUCCUUUGCACGGGCGCCAUCGUGGGCCUCUUCAUCCCCGGCCCGACCGCUUUCCCUAUGGCUCCCUUGCAGUCGUUCGAUGAUCUGGCGGCAACCGACGAGAUCCGCCCGGCAUUCAUCAGUGGUGGAGCGACCGAGUACACGUUCAAGAACUCUCCCAUUGCAUUCUACAACCGUCUUCAUCAGAAGGCAAUCCUGGUGAGUAAUACGGAUGAGGGGGUAAGGCUCGCCCGCGAGGGAGGGGUCGCCUUCUUCGCAGAGUCGUCGACGGCCCAAUUCUACAGCAACCGGAAACCGUGCGAUCUGAUGUCCGUCCAGGAGGGCAACACCUUCACGGCAAGGCCCCAGGCCAUCGGACUACAGGCGGGUUCCCCACUGCGAGAGCCGCUCAACAACGCCAUCUCGCAGCUGAGGGAGAGCGGCAACCUGUACGCUCUGUACCAGAAAUGGAUCUAUUCUGAAAAGUGCCAUCAGCCCGAACGUCGCCCCGAGGUUUCCUACGGCCAUGUUAAUCCAGUGGACUAUCGGGACAUCAUGCCGAUGUUCAUCGAACUUGUGGUGGCCGCCAUCUUGGCGCUGUGCAUCAUGGGAAUCGAAGUAAUAUGGGAUAAGCGCAGGUCUAAGCCCACAAAGAAGACCGAUGCAGCACCUUCCGGGAACUCAGCCGACACCAACGUCUGAGCGGGAAAACCCAUACAGCCAGUAUUUUCCUGGAAUAUCUGGUCGUCUGGGU